UUGAAUUUAGGUGGAGUUUGAGAGAUGGCAGUCAGCAUCAAUAGGAUUUACUGUUAAACGAUUACAUGCAAAAAAUGAAUUAUUUUAUAGUGUUACGUGUUUUGCGCUCAAAGCUUUACGGGAAUUGGGUAAUUUAGCCUGUUCGAAGCGCAUAUUCUGCUACUGUAAGUCGUUUAAGUAAAGUUGUCCUCGUUGAGUGUUUACCUUUGGAAGGUUUAGCUAGCCUGGGAGCUACCUGGCCGCUACCCGGUUACUGAGUACUUAACUCGGGGCCUGUCUGUGCGUUUUUAUUUCCUUACUGGCGUCGUUGCAUUCCUCUUGAUUGAGCAGCCGCCUUCCUCAUCGCACCAUGGCCGACAGCAGUACGGUCACUUUGGGCCCUGCGCGGAGUCUCCUGGUCGACUCGUCGGUGUACGACUCGAGAAUGGCCGAGACGUCCAAGGACCAGCCGUUUCUGGGCUUAACUCCGGAGGACGCAGCAGACAUACUGCCUCCAGUUGAAACCAGAGUGGUGCUGGUGGGAGACGCCGGCAACAACGAGCAACUUGUGAAGGCAUUGGAGGCCAUCAAAAUAAUGGAGGUCCCGGUGGUAAAGAUUAAAGGAGGAGAACCCGGCUCUGAGGGCGAAAAGUUGAUAAAAUCGAUAGUCAAUAUGGACAUCCACACGCCCUGCAUAAAGACCAGCGAGGUGGCGGAGUUUGGCGACGGGGAGAACGCGGAGUUCGAGACGGUGUUCGUCCUGACAGACUUCACGUCUCCGGACUACGGCUACCUGUACAAGAAGGACAACCGCAUCAUCGGGCCCCCUGUGGUGCUGCACUGCGCUGCCAGGGAGGAGCCCCUGCCGUUCUCCUCCAGGCCGCUGUACUGCACGGCCAUGCUGAACCUGUCCCUCUGCUUCACCGGCUUCCGCAGGAAGGAGGAAGUUGUAAACCUGGUCAGUCUGGUUCACCACAUGGGCGGAGCCAUCCGCAAGGACUUCAGCGCUAAAGUCACCCACCUGAUCGCACACUCCACGCACGGAGAGAAGUACCGGCUGGCGGUCUGCAUGGGCACCCCUAUCCUCACCCCGCAGUGGAUCCACCAGGCCUGGGAGCACCGGGACCAGGCGAAUUUUGCGGCGGGAGACGAGGAGUUCCGGUCGCAGUUCAAAGUGCCCCCGUUCCAGGACUGCGUGCUCAGCUUCCUGGGGUUCUCCCCGGAGGACAAGGCCAACAUGGAGGAGCGCACGCUCAAGCACGGUGGCCGGUACCUGGAGGUGGGGGAUGAGAAGUGCACUCACAUGGUGGUGGAGGAGAACUCCAUUAAAGAGCUCCCCUUCGUCCCGUCCAAACGCCUCUACGUCGUCAAGCAGGAGUGGUUCUGGGGCAGUAUUCAGAUGGAUGCGAGGGCUGGGGAGUCCAUGUAUUUCUAUGAGAAGCCCGAGAGCCCUGUGAUGAAGAAGGCGGUGUCGCUGCUGUCGCUGACCACGCCCACCAGCAACCGCAAGCGGCGGCGGCUGCGCGACACGCUGGCCCAGCUGAGCCGCGAGGCCGAGAUCUCGCCCUUCCCGCCGCGGAAGCGUCAGUCCGCCGAGCACUCGCUCUCCAUGGGCUCCCUGCUGGACAUCUCCAACACCCCGGAGACCAGCAAGGCUUUGGGAGAGAAUUCCAAGCCCUCGAAGAGCUCCACCCCCGCGCCCCAGAAGCAGUCGGCGCGGUGGCAGGUCUCCAAGGAGCUGUACCAGACGGAGAGCAACUACGUGGGCAUCCUGGCCACGGUGCUGCAGCUCUUCAAACUCCCCCUGGACACGGAGGGGCAGGUCGGGGGCCCCAUUCUGCCCCCGGAGGAGGUGAAGACCAUCUUCGGCAGCAUCCCCGAGAUCUACGAGGUUCACACCAGGAUAAAGGCUGAUCUGGAGGAGCUGGUGAUGGACUGGUCUGAGGAUAAAAGUGUCGGAGACAUCAUUCUGAAAUAUUCGAAGGAUUUGAUCAAAGCUUAUCCGCCUUUUGUUAACUUCUUUGAGAUGAGCAAGGAGACCAUCGUUCGCUGCGAGAAGCAGAAGCCGCGGUUCCACGCCUUCCUGAAGAUUAACCAGGCCAAGCCGGAGUGUGGACGCCAGACGCUGGUCGAGCUGCUGAUCCGUCCCGUACAGAGGCUUCCGAGCGUCGCUCUCCUGCUCAACGACAUUAAGAAGCACACGGCGGACGACAACCCGGACAAAGCCAUGCUGGAGCGGGCCAUCGAGUCCCUGAAGGAGGUCAUGAUGCACAUAAACGAGGACAAGCGGAAGACGGAGGGGCAGAAGCAGAUCUUUGACGUGGUGUACGAGGUGGACGGCUGCCCGGCCAAUCUGCUCUCCUCACACCGAAGCCUGGUCCACCGCGUGGAGACCAUCGCCCUGGGAGACAAGCCAUGUGACCGCGGCGAGCACGUCACCCUCUUCCUCUUCAACGAUUGCCUGGAGAUCGCCAGGAAGAGGCACAAGGUGAUGAGCACCUUUAAGAGCCCCCAGGCUCAGGCUCGCCCCCCCGCCCAGCUCAAACACAUCACCCUCAUGCCCCUGUCCCAGAUCAGGAGGGUGCUGGACCUGCGGGACACUGAAGACUGCAGGAAUGCCUUCGCGCUGGUGGUGCACCCCCCCACCGAGCAGGAGAACCUGCUCUUCAGCUUCCAGCUGGUCGCCGAGGACGCCGGCAAGGCCGCCUGGCUGAAGACGCUGUGCCGGCACGUGGCCGACACCAUCUGCAAGGCCGACGCGGAGGAACUGAUUCAGUGCACCGAUCCCGAGUCCGUCCACGUCAGCACCAAGGACAUGGAGAGCACGCUCAGUCGAGCGUCCCGCGUCAUCAAAAAGACCUCCAAAAAGGUCACGCGGGCGUUCUCCUUCACUAAGACGCCCAAGCGGGUGAUCCAGAGGGCCUUCAUGGCCAGCAGCACCCCCGACGACAAGAGCCCCGGCCCUGGGUCCGAGAGCCGUGCCCGCCUGGGCAGCUCCGCCACGCUGUCGAUGCCUCGCUCCACCUCUACGUUCAGCAUCAAUAGCUCCGGCAAGAGCGCGGUCGUGCAGCGGUCCAACUCCUUCGACCCCGCCCCCCGCCCGCGGGUGCCCGUCUGCAUCCGCGCCCCCAGCAGCCCCGACAGAGCCCCCUGUAGCUCCGCCCAGGCCGCUGCUCCAGCCCCGCCCACUGUCACCCUAGCCCCUCCUCCCAGGGCCUGCCAGGAUCCCGUCCCGUCUGCAGAGCUCCGAAAGGCCCCCCGCAGGGAGACCCUCCUGUAGCCUCUGCGUCCAUGCUGUCCAUUCUCCAUCCAUGGUCAACCUGCCGUCCAUGUUCGAGAGGAAGUACCACACGUUCAGCAGGUCAACCACUCAUCUCAUAUGACGGACCAACAACGAACCGGUCGAAGCUAAGCACCCUUCAUCCCUGGCUGGGAGUAUCGCUAUCGCUAAACUGUGCAAUGGUACUGAUCGCAAUCCUGUCCUGUAAGUCUUUAAUUAGCAAAAGUUUGGGCUGAUGUUGUCGAACUUGAAAAAUGAAGGAUACCGUGUUUUUAUAUAUAUAUAUAUAUAUAUAUAUAUAUGUAUCUGUCAUAUAUAUUUGUUCUGUCUCUUUCUUUCUUGCACAGUACAUUCACUGACACUUAGAAGUGCUGUUUCCUUGUCAUUUUUUUCUCCAUCGAAGGACAGAUUUAUUUUCACUAAAUAAUUAACAGUUAGAAGUAUAUCUAUAUAUUUUAUGGAAACAAGCCAGCCUUUUCUUUAACAUAGCGCACAGAAUGCCCAGCUUUUAUAAAGCUCAUGAAUAUUAACUUUUAACACCGCAGAUCAGGAGGAGUUAGAACGGUAGGAGUUGGUUACAGUUUUAAGCAGUUGAUUAGUUUUAUAGUUGGGGGGGGGGGGGGGGGCAUAUAUUAAUGUUCCAGUGUCUCCUUUGUCAACAGUAUUUAUAUGUAAAUAUGUUUUCUUUUUUCCCCUGAAGUGUCAUACUUUGACUACCAUUGUCAAUCAUUUUUUAAGUUUAGUUUUGUCUUCAAACACAUGCUCUGAAUCAAAGGCACUUAUGCAUCUUUUAUGUAUGAUUAUACUGUUUUUAAAGAAAUGUCAUAGUUUUUGUAUUGUAGUCAGCCAUUUGCGGCUUGUCUUUGCAAACAAGAUGGAAAAAUAAGCACUACGUAUGUUGAAUUAUUCUGUUUGACUGAUUCUAAACAUUUGUUGAAACUGACAAUUUACUCUUCAAUAAAAGGGAAAAAAGCAGGUUCCUUUCCUGGGGGGCAUUUUUGUUUUUUCCUCUGUAAAGGGGCUCACUCCGUGUGAAAUUUGGGGUCCCCCUGAUAACAGCCCCCCGUUUUCCAGCCAGCCGGAGGUCAAAGCUCCAUUUUCCUUUAUUUUUAUUUAUUUCUUUUUUCUUUUUUUUUGCAGCUGCCUGGUUUCUCUGCUGAGAGAGUCUGUCCUCUGCUUUUCUCUGUCCUCCUCGUUUAGGCAUGUUGGCUUGGAGCAGUUUUUAGGUUUUUACGGUUGUUUUUUUUGUGAGGUUGAAGACUCGGUGGAGGGUUCUUCUCACUUUAAGGGGCGACGCCCACUGUGGGUCUGCAGAGCGGCAGCUUUAAGGGCGACGCCCACUGGGUCUGCAGAGCGGCAGCUUUAAGGGGCGACGCCCACUGUGGGUCUGCAGAGCGGCAGCUUUAAGGGCGACGCCCACUGUGGGUCUGCAGAGCGGCAGCUUUAAGGGCGACGCCCACUGUGGGUCUGCAGAGCGGCAGCUUUAAGGGGCGAUGCCCACUGCGGGUCUGCAGAGCGGCAGCUUUAAGGGCGACGCCCACUGGGUCUGCAGAGCGGCAGCUUUAAGGGGCGACGCCCACUGUGGGUCUGCAGAGCGGCAGCUUUAAGGGCGACGCCCACUGUGGGUCUGCAGAGCGGCAGCUUUAAGGGCGACGCCCACUGUGGGUCUGCAGAGCGGCAGCUUUAAGGGGCGAUGCCCACUGCGGGUCUGCAGAGCGGCAGCUUUAAGGGCGACGCCCACUGUGGGUCUGCAGAGCGGCAGCUUUAAGGGCGACGCCCACUGUGGGUCUGCAGAGCGGCAGCUUUAAGGGGCGGCGCCCACUGUGGGUCUGCAGAGCGGCAGCUUUAAGGGCGACGCCCACUGUGGGUCUGCAGAGCGGCAGCUUUAUGCAGUUAGUUUCCCUGCAGGGUCCCUCCGGCCUGUGGGUUUAGGCCCCCCCCCCCCCCCCCCCCCCCCACACACACACACCUGAUGGCUGGGGUGUGUGUGGUUUUUGGGGGGUGUUUGUGUUAUUCUCCACAGGCUCGGCUGAGAAGCUGAAAGGGGGCUAUAUUUUGAGGCUGCAUGCCAUGUUUGUUUGUGCUGAGUCAUUAUCUUCCUUUAGAAACUGAAUAAUUUUAUGAUGGAGGAUGUGAUCCGUCUCCGGGUUUGGAGGCUCCUGCUACGUUGUGAAAGCAGCUGACCCCGCAGGUGCCUGUUUACCCUCAGAUUUGGGGGAGUGGUGCUCUCCUCUCCUCCUGGACCAGCCUCACCGUUCCUAGACCUCAGACACAGUGCAAGCGCGUACUGAUUGGGUAGAGGAGUAAUCACUGAUUCGCCAUCAUAUGCUGAUUGGGUAGAGGAGUAAUCACUGAUUCGCCGUCUCUGUGUUGGCUGUUUAUUCAUGUGAUGAUUGUGUGACACUCUCUUUUUCCUGUGCUGUGUGUUUUUCUGCUUUCUCCGUUGCUGUAUUUUUGUUUACUUUUUCAUUUUUAUUCCAAACCCUUUUUUUCCUGACGUGUAUCUUUAGGUUUGAGAAACCUGUGACAAAGCAGUUUUUUUAAAUCUGAGAUUGAGUGAAGUGUUUUUAAAUUUCUGUCAUUUUUUAAAAACUUUUUUUAUUUUUACACUUGCUUUUAACAUAUUUCCUGUAUGGUAUGAUGGAUAAAAAUAAGUAAAAUAAAUAAAUGAGCCCCA